AAAAAACCCACAAAAAAUACUUGCUGGGCACAAAAAAAAAGUUCCUUUUUUAUUUUCCUCGUCCUCUUCGUCUCAACUCGCCGCCCACUGCGCCCCUCCCCCUCCUCCCCCUCGGCCCCUCCAAUCCCUCCGAUCCAAUCCCCCCAAACCCUAGGCAAUCCGCCACCAGAGUGCCAAGGUCGUCCCCCCUCCUCACCCGCGGCGGCGCGGCACAUGGCCCACGGCGGCGGCGGGAGGGCGAAGGUGACGCCGAACCUCGCGGUGGACGGCGAGGGCACGCGGACGCUCAACCUCACCGUGCUGCAGCGCCUCGACCCCGCCGUCGAGGACAUCCUCAUCACCGCCGCCCACGUCACGCUCUACGACUUCGACACCGACGUCAACCAGUGGAGCCGGAAGGAUGUCGAGGGGUCGCUCUUCGUCGUCAAGAGGAAUGCCCAACCCAGAUUCCAGUUCAUUGUCAUGAAUCGCCGGAACACAGAUAAUCUAGUUGAAGAUCUCUUGGGAGAUUUCGAAUACCAACUCCAAGUUCCUUAUAUAAUGUACCGCAAUUCUGCACAAGAAGUUAUUGGAAUUUGGUUUUACAACUCCCAGGAGUGUCAAGAAGUUGCAAAUCUUUUUAGCAGGAUACUGAAUGCAUUCUCGAAGGUGCCUCCAAAGCCAAAGAUUCCCUCUGUUCAAAGUGAAUUUGAAGAGCUUGAAGCAGCACCUGCGUUGGUUGAAGGUCCUCUGGAACCGCAAACAUCAAAUAUCAUAUCAACUACCACCCACGUUCAAGAGGACCCCUUAUCUGCAUUCUUCAGUGCAGCUGUGAACGCUGGUGGCACCACCUCUGUAGCUAUUGCAGGACAGCCAAAUCAAUCUUUUGGUGCUAUUCCUUUGUCACAUGCACCUACUAGUACAAUUACAUCGCAAUCACCGGGCUUGCAUCAUUUGCUUCCUUCACAGACCUCAUCAGUUUCUGGCAUACCUGCUGAUGUUCAUGGUGGCACUGGUCCUAUAGUGAGGUCCACAAGCCUUGUAAAUCCAUCACAUUUCUCACCAUUGACAUCAGCGCAGACAGCAAUGGUGCGCAGUAAUUCUGCAGCACCAACUGCUCCACCUCAACACCCUCGUACUGCUCAGCAUCCGCAAAGUGCUCCCUUGCUUCAGCCUUUUCCAUUACCUACAGCUUCACCUUCUCCACCGUAUGGGACUCCAUUGCUUCAACCAUUUCCACCACCAAAUCCAUCGCCGUCUCUUGCAUCAGCUCCAGUCUACAACCCAGCACUGUCCAGAGACAAAGUUAGAGAUGCAUUACUGAGACUUGUGGAGCCUUUGAACAUGAAAAAACAUCAGCCAAAAGAAAGGUGAAAAUUCCUGCAUCCAAAAAGGUAAACAUACUGGAAGGAAGCAAAUCUCCUAUCAAAGUAUCAAUACACUAUUUCACACAUUGCAGCCAGUCUCAUGUAGACCAUGUACCCACUACCCAGUGAUGCUUUUUCAUCCUCUGGGUGGGACCUACAAAUCGUAAUAUUUGACAGCAAUUGCUGCUCAGCCACUUUGUAGACCCUCACUGCAGCUCAAGCAAUGAGCUCAAGUGAAAAGCUUGGAGGCUUUGACCCACCAAACUGGAAACUCAGGCCGCCAUUGCACGUCUGGCUGAGAAUAGGGUGGACCACCAGGAACAACAUGUUGAUCUGCCAUAGAAGCAUCUCGGCCAUGCUAAAAACCAUGUUAGCUUUGCGUAUUUGUUGAUUUGGUGGGUUGCUUGUUUCU